UAUAAAUAAAAUCUGACACCUGUUAUCUUCCACAUCUUCAUCCCUCAUCAUCUCUUAAUUUGAAGCUUCUACCUUUCAAUACAUCGCCAUGGCUCACCAACAAGGAUACGCGCAGCAUCAACAAGCGAUGCAACACGCAAGCAAUGACAGCGGUGCCUUUCCAGGCGGUACCUACAGCAUCGCUCACCGCGACACCAACGCCGUUCUCAACGUGGAUCUUCAGCAAGGAGCCGUGGUGCGCUCCAAGUCAGGCGCCAUGAUUCACAUGUCUGGCUCUAUCGAGUUAACCGGAAAGUCCAAGUUCUCUCUAGGAAAGCUCUUCACGGGCGGCAACUUGUUUGAGUCGACGUACACCGGCCCAGGACGUAUUGCGCUUGGCCCGACGCUUUUUGGCGAUAUUAUCACGUUGCACGUUGAUGGUCAUCAGUCUUGGACCAUCGGCAGAGACGCUUUCCUUGCUUGCACUUCUGAGGUUACGAAAAAGAGAGAAACACAGGGGGUCGGCAAGGCUUUGUUCUCGGGAGAGGAUCUCUUUGUCUUCCGUAUUGAGGGUCAAGGCAUUAUGUGGCUGACGAGCUUUGGUGCUGUCGAUCGCCUGGAUCUUCGACCUGGGGAGGAACACAUUGUUGAUAACGGUCAUCUGGUGGCUUGGAGCUGCAAGUACUCCAUCGAAAAGGCUGGUGGAGGAGCUAUGACUGGAUUGAAGACCGGUGAAGGUCUGGUAUGCCGGUUCACUGGCCCUGGCUCGGUUUAUGUACAGACGCGAAACAUGGAUGAGUUUAAAUCGUUUAUUAGGUCAGCUUCUGGAGCUUAG